AUGUCGUUGUCAACACUCAGACCCAAGAAGAAAGUAGCUCAGAGACGACAAAAUGAGGCGCAAGCCCAGUCUCUGACUGAUUCUUCUCAUUCUUGCUCUUGCCCUCACUGCCACUCUCCCUCUUCCACUCAUCUUUAUCCCCCCUCCCACUCAUCCUCUGUCCUUCGCUACACCAGCUCAAGCUCAAGUCCAAGUAGCAAGAGCACUCGCAGAUCGCCUCGAUACUGGUCGUGUCACCCUCUUCGACGCGCAGUCAAGGGAUAUCCUCACUACUCAACUAGGCUCUCAACCUAUUCACCCAACGAGCUCAGACGUUUCCAUCACCAGCUUCAAUUGCGCAUGAUGGAUAUGUAUCCUGAGCGUUGGUACGACGAGGCGUUCCCUGAGCCCAUGCGUCCUCUCAUCAAAGAAUCGAUCCCUGAGCUUGCCAAGUACGUUUUCACCAACAGGGGUGCAUUCUACACCAUCAUGAACAAGCACAUAAAUGACCUCAAGGAUGGCAAGACCAAUGUCCAGCUCAUUUUGGUCAAGCCCAUCCCUCCCAACCUCAUUUAUAACGAUGUGGUCUGGGACUUCAAUGUUGCUCCUCACUGUCGCUUCAUGUACCUCGAAGUGCAGAAAACUGUCAUCAUACAUAUCGCCAAAGAGACACGCUUCAUGGAGUCCCUUCCUCGUGACCAGUUGAAGUACGACGAUACAGACCAUGGCGUCCAGGGACAUGCUCUCGGCAGAAUCAAGUACAAAAUAAAAACACAACUCGCCAGGAUGGGGAUCAUCGAAGACGAGUAUGACUUUCUUUGCAAUAGGAGCCGCAAAAGCGAUGGUGUCAGAACUUUCCCAGACGACCCAGCCGAAUUCAAAUCAGUUCACAGUUGUGACCGCAUGUUCAUCCCUCGCCGCGAUGACCCCAAGUUUGACGCUGAUGGAGUCGUGUGGCCCACGAUGGUCAUCGAGACUGGCCCCGCACACGCCAACGUCGCAUCUCGUAAAUACUUGCAGUUCUGCGUCGACUGGUGGUUUACCCAGAGUGACAGCGUGACCAAGACUGUGCUCCUGAUGUAUUUUGACUAUGCUAACCGCGAAACAAUUGUUGAGAAAUGGGUGAGAGCUGCCGAGCCACCAUUCCACAAAACCCUUGCCCAGACUAUUGUGAUCAACAUCCAGCCUGGCCAUGAUAAAAACUUUGCAAAGAGUAAAGUCGUUGUAUCCGGCCAGGGGCUCACCCUGUCUGUGGAGUCUCUCAUGGGAAGACCAAAGCGCGAGGGCGAAACCGACAUUGUGUUCGACAAAACUUUCUUAACUGGAUUUGCAAACGGAUACUUACUCCCCUGGCCUAAUGUUGGACCCACUCGGAAAGAGGUCCUUUUGGGUUCAGGUCUGAAGGGAGGAGAAGCAGCAUCAUUGGUAUCUGCUGCUUCCUCUGCUGCUGUUGGCGCUGGGGCCCGCGGUGCACCUGGUACUAUUGCUGCUCCUCGCAAUCUUUCUUCACUGAAAUCUGCACAGGCUCAAUUGGGCCCAGCUCUGUCUCGCCUCCUCGCUACUGAUGUUCCUCGCUACCUUGGAACAGAUGGAACUCCCCAGGUUGAUGUUUCCGCGUCUUCGAUCAAAGUUACUCUCAAACGCACGAAUAAACCAUUUGAAAAUGAAGAUGGUAGCCCUGUGAGUGGACAAUCUGAGAUUGACAAGGAAGAGAACAAGAAGGUGUCUAUGGAAAUGUCCUUGGAACAAAUGAUGGCAUUGAUGGGUACCCAGGACUGA